AUGGAGGCACGGCGAGGAGCGUGCGCAGAGAGCGGUGGUCAGGAGGAGGGCGCGAGCGGCGUGCGCGCGGGAGUGGCCGGCAGCGUGGCGGCAGCACUGGCGGCUGCUGGCUCGGCUGGCUUCCAAGGCCGGCGCUCCUCGCGGGCACCGGCGCAUCGUACGCGCACGGCCGAAUUGUUCCCGGUUAUGCCGGCGAGAGUGUUCGUGCGCGGCGAUAACCUUCGCAUGACAACCGAGGAGGCUCUGAUGGAACACUUCGGGCAGUGCGGCCCCGUGCUCAGCGUGAAGAUGAAGCGCUAUCCAAUCAACAGUUGCGUCAUCACCUUUGAAUCGCCGAGUGCCGCCGAGCUGGCCUGCAGCGACCUGGCAAGGUCCGUGCUCGAGACCUCGACAGGGCCCUUGAGGCUCCGCACCGAACCGUUCGAGAGCGCGAGGGAUCCUGCCUCCACCGGAACGGACGCCGCCCGGCCCGCACCACCGAGGCACGUCGCACCGGCGCCUGCAGCGGCCCUGAGAGUGAACUGCCGGGUGACGUGGACAGCGGCUGAUGACGACAUCCCGGCCGGCCACGAGGGCGUCGUGCUCGAGUUCCUCAAAGAUGCUGGGCGUGUCCGUGUCAAGUUCCCCAACGGCACGUGGAACAUAAAGCGGCAUGAGUUGAGGGUGGUGGAGGCGCCGCCGCCGCCGCCUGGCCCUCCGUCGGCAAACGGCCGCACCGAGCAGCUCUGCUCGUACUUCCAGAGGGGCCACUGCCGCAACGGCGAGCGGUGCCAGUUUGUCCACGGCGGCGAGCAGCUGGCCGCGCCAAUCGGAGAGGCGGUGGCGGACGCAGUCUUUGUGUGUAAGCUUGACUGGGGGGCGACCAGGGCUGAGGUAAAGAGCCUCUUCGAGCGGGCGGGCGCGGUCAAGGGCGUUGACUUCCUGCCGCGCGGCGCCGGCACCGACUCGAGGCGAGGCCAGUGCGCCGUCGUCCACUUCAGGAGGGCUGCCGACGCGUCUCACGCGAUCGCAACCCUCGACAACGCGACCUUUGUCUCCGCCUACCGGCCGAGGCGCAACGGGCUGCACGCGGCGGGCGGCGAGGAGGCGGCGCGGCCUGCCUCGCCUCCUGCAGCGGCGCCGGCGCAAAAGGCGGCGGCGCGGGCCCAGGCGGGGGUGGCGGCCUUCGAGGCGAGCGGUACCUUCGAGGCGAGGCUGGGCCAGCUGCUGGCCGAGGUCAAGAUCCCGUCGCACGGCUCGGGCCUGCCACCGAGCUGA